ACGCGUUAUAUCGACGAUGACAAAAUCAAAAUAAACCCAUCACAUACCUACACCGCCCCAUCGUCAAUGUCUUUGACAGAAAAUGUCGACAUGACAGAUACCAAGAGCUUAGCCAUCAACUACAACAAUAAUUACCGUUUUAAAAGUGAACAGGAAAAUAUGAGCAGUGUAUUCCCCAAGAAGACGGCAGUAGACUUGAAUUUUGAGGAUAUCACUUUCUACUCCACGUCAUGGUCCAUUACGAAGUUCAAGAAAGAAACGAAGAAAAUUCUUCAUGGAGUCUCCGGUCAAUUCAAAUCAGGUGAACUGUCUGUAAUAAUGGGACCUUCUGGUGCAGGAAAGAGCACUCUUCUUAAUGUGUUGGCAGGAUAUAUAACGAAAGGCAGCACCGGCACAGUAAAAUUGAACGAUGUCGUUCGAGACCAGAGCCCCCGGUAUAGAAAGUUAUCGGCGUAUAUUCCACAAGAUGAAGAACUUAGAAUGGCUUUGACAGCGAAGGAGGCCAUGACGUUUGCUGCUCACCUAAAACUAGGUUACCGUGUUUCUAACGAAUAUAAAUCCAAACAGAUUGCAGGAAUUCUGAAAAUGCUGGGUUUAGACGAAUGCCAACAUACGCUAACAGCAAAAUUAUCUGGAGGACAAAGGAAACGAUUGGCCGUGGCACUGGAGCUACUUAGUAACCCACCGAUAUUGUUUCUCGACGAACCAACAACGGGCCUGGAUAGUUUAUCGUGUACUCAAUGCGUGUCUCUGUUUAAAAACCUUGCCUCAGAAGGAAGGACCGUAAUAGCUACUGUCCAUCAACCUUCAGCCUUACUAUUCGAAAUGUUCGAUAAACUCUAUGCUCUAUCUGAAGGAAAAUGUAUAUAUGACGGAAGGACUAGCGAUUUAGUACCAUAUUUUGAAAAACUCAAUUUAAAAUGUCCCCCAUAUCACAAUCCAGCUGAUUACUUAAUAGAGGUAUCAAUCGGAGAUCACAAUGCAAAUAUUGACAAAUUGGCAGAUAGUGUCAAAUCGUAUCAAAAUAAAAGUAUAGAAAGUGGUGAAAACAAUGAUUUAAAAGGGAGAGAUCUCUUCGAGGAAAAAAAAGUAGGUCUCUAUUCCGACGAAACGAAAGCAGUACCCGCAGCUAUAAUUAUGCAGUUUUUGUUAUUGUAUAAAAGGAAUCUGCUGAUAAUAAAGAGAUGUUACGGUCCAGCGCUGAAUCGAGUAUUGGCCCAUAUUGGUAUUGGUCUUAUCUUUGGCUAUUUGUACAGAAACGUUGGAAGUGGCGCGAAUACAGUUUUAGCAAAUUAUGUAUAUUUGUAUGGUACUCUUUUACUCACAGUAUAUACUGUUCCUUUAGAAAUGAAGAUACUCUCUAGAGAGCAUUUUAACCGUUGGUAUAAGCUAACUCCAUAUUUAUUGUCUGUGAUAUUAGUUGAAAUUCCUUUUCAAGUUAUAUGUACAUGGAUGUACAUAGCAGUAUCUUACUGGUUAACUAACCAACCAUUAGAUUUUAGGUUAAUCUUGUUUGUCAUUUUUGUAACAGCCUGUUCUCUCUGUGGUCAAUCCAUGGGUUAUUUUAUAGGAGCCACAACACCAGUUAAGGUAGCUGUAUUCGUCGCCCCAGUGAUAGCCUGCUUCUUAUCAGUCUUCGGCUUCUGCAUCAGAGCGUUUGACGCUCCUGCCAUGUUCAAACCGAUUUUUUUCAUCAGUUACUUCAGAGCGGCAUUCCAUAGCGUCGUUUAUACUAUUUACGGCUUUAACCGAGAGAUUCUGGUUUGUCCAAUAGAGGAGGAAUACUGUCAUUAUAAAGAUCCUCACAAGUUCCUUACGGAAAUGGAUAUUUUAGAUGUAGAUUUAGUAUCAAAUUUUAUAUUGAUUGUUAUUGUUUGGUGUGUUAUGCACGCUGUGACGUAUUUGACCUUAUGGUUGAGAUUAAACAAGCGAUGAUUCUUUGAAAUGUAAACUAUUUGAUGAUACACCAUUCAGGAACUGUAAAGUAACAACCUUUAUUGCUACAUUAUACAUAUUUAAUAUUACAUACUUGAAGCUUU